CCAACUGACCGGCCGGCUAGGUUGGCCAUUGGUCAUGGCCAAUUGCUGGGCGUGCCAUGGUUCUUCAAGGCAGAGAGGCACAUGAGACCGAGCCACGAUGGAAGGAGAGAGACGAGCCCGUGCCGAGGUGGUGGAGAAGGAAAAAUCAACCUGGGCACGGUGGUAGUGAAUGGGUGGCAGACAGUAGGUAGCAUGCAAACACCUGUCGGCAAGGCGGCGAGCGCCGGUACGGAGGCGCAGUGCUCUGCUGCUGGCAUCCCGGCCGACUCGCGCGCUUCCGAGCCACAGACGACCCCAAUUUUCCUGGCUCGUUACUCAUCACCGUCACCUCGUCCUCUGUCGUCGCCAUCACCGUCACCACCCACAUAUUGUCAGGCCUCUAUACUCGGCCCCACCGGAAAUCCCUCGUACGCUACACUACACUGCAGCACCUACCCCAUUGUGCUAGCUGUCCCCUCUCCUACCCCGCCGCGACUUCAUCUUUCACCCGCCUCGCGCUCCUGCCGCCGCCGCCGCUGUUCGCCCACCGCCAUGAAUCCUCGCGUGGAAGAGGUUUCCGAUUCGGAUUCGGACCCUGAGGAGAUGGACAUUUCCAACUUGUCCUCCCUCAUGACCCCAUCCCAGAUCCCCUCAUCCUCCGCCAUGCCGUCCAUGCCGUCCAUGCCGCAAGAGAUGCUCCAGCCUCAAGCGCCCGGUGCUGUCUCAGCAGACCGCGAAAAGUCAAAACACUAUCAGUGCCUGUAUCCUGUAUACUUUGACAAAUCACGGACAAGAGCCGAGGGGCGUAGGGUGGGUGCAGAGCUUGCCGUGGAGAAUCCCUUGGCGAGAGAAAUGGCCGAUGCUGUAGCCAGUCUCGGCCUCAGUGUCGUCUUCGAGCCGGACAAGCUUCACCCAAAAGAUUGGAGUAACCCAGGUCGCAUACGUGUCCUGAUCAAGAAGGAUGGACAGAUGGUUGCCCCCAACGUCCAGAACAAGCACCAUUUGUAUAUCCUGGUCUCCAAAUAUCUGAAGAAUCACCCCACGCACAAGAAAUCGCCCUUCAGGCUUCCAAUCAGAGGCGUGCCCAUGCCUGAGGAGAUGCCUGAGCCUGCUGUGCCAAAGGGCUGGAAAAUGAACACCAUUCUCCCUCUCCACUCUCCCGCAUUGACUGGGGGUGGUGUGAGUGAAAACUUCCUGCAGGACAUGAUGGCUGAAAUGCAGGGAGACAUGGGUGCGGGCGCCAGCGCGGGCGCAGUCACAGGGGGGAGCAAGAAAAAGGAAAAGAAGAAGAAAUGA